AUGUCUCGUCGGUCCACUCCCUCCAAAAAAGCUGUCCUUGCCCUCCAGAACACCAAGAGGAAGUUUGUGAAACUGGGUAGUCCCAAGGCAAGCACUCUGCUUGGGGAUGUCAGCGACCCUACCAAAAACCGGACUAUUAAGGUGGGAGAUUGUGUGUAUGUUAUGCCGCCUGGGGAGAAGCCUGGCACCAGUCUUGAAGGAUUUAAGUAUUGGAAGGCACAAGUGAGGGAGAUACGCGGAGAUGGUGAGAAGGAGCAGUUUUUGGUCCAUUGGUUCUACACAGAGGAGCAUGCGAGGUUGGAGAGCAACCUCUCCAUUCUCCCUACUGAGGAGGACCAAGAGGAGAUCCUGGACCGGUUGGGUCAAAAUGAGUUGCUGAGCUCGGAUCACGAGCAGAUUAUCAGCAGUCAGACCAUCGAAGACAUUGUGCCAAUUGUCUCUUUUGAUGACAAGGGCCCCUCCAACUCUGAGAACAUCAGCCCUCAGGACUAUUUCAUGCGCUUCAGGCUGGUGACCAAGGAGGGUCGUCCGCACUUCCUGGGUGUGACUAAACACUGUACUUGCCAGAAAGUGUAUGACCCGGACCAAACCGUACAGCGCUUCUGUCCAUCGUGCGUGAGAUGGUUCGACCAGGCAUGUAUGGUCAAGAGCAAGGCCGGCCCAAUGGUGCCCUUUGAAGAAGGACAGGAAGAGACUCCAGCUGAGGAGGUCAAGCGCUUCCUCAAGUCGCCCAUCACCCGUGGGUAUAGCGGAGGGCACCACCUAUACUGGGGGAUUGUAGGUACGGGCAGGGUCCUUAACCAGGUGGCGACCGUGAUCAAGGGCCCUUUUGAUGGGGAGUUUCCCGACUGGAAGUCCACCCUUCCAAAGGGAUUCUUGCAGGAGAUGGAGGCACUCCAGGCCAUGCCUGGCUAUAUAUGCCCCUGGUGUGAGGCGGUCAUUUAG